AGCAGGAAUAAAGCGGCUAGGCUAGCAGGUCGGACAGUUAGCAGCCGAAGACCCGGAGACCAGCAGCAGCAGCAGCAGGGUCAGGGUUAGAUAAACCCUGGAGGACGGCGGAGACCAGCAGCAGUCGGGCUAAAGUCUGGAGACCAGCAGCAGGGUUAGGGCUAGGUAAACCCCGGAGACCAGCAGCAGGGUUAGGGCUAGGUAAACCCCGGAGACCAGCUGCAGCAGCGAGUCUUUCCCUUCCAGCGAUGCUAACGCCGAGUGCCGCCGCCAGCUAACGACCCACGGGGACCGAGCUCCACGGAAAACCCACGAUAGAUAGAAGUUGACAUCAGAGGGUUAGCUUAGUUCAAUGUUAUUGACAAUUAAAACCACAGAUGGUCACGAUGUCCUGCUCUGGAAACCUGGUCUGGGAUGUAAAUAAACGCUUGAUUGGAUACAACCAGCCCAACAGCAUCAGGACCAACUACCUAGGUAGAAGAGAGUUCGUCCAGAGGCUGAAACUUGAAGCGACUCUGAAUGUACACGACGGCUGCGUCAACACUAUAUCCUGGAAUGACACGGGUGAAUACAUCCUGUCGGGGUCAGACGAUACGUUUCUGGUCAUCACCAACCCGUACAACAAAAAGGUCAAGAAGUCCAUCCGUUCAGGUCACCGGGCAAAUAUCUUCAGUGCAAAGUUCAUGCCGCACACCAACGAUCAGGAAAUCGUGUCGUGCUCCGGAGACGGCAUCAUCUACUACACCCACACAGAGAAGAGUCCCGACUACAACAGACAGUGUCAGUUCACCUGCCAUUAUGGAACGGCUUACGAGAUUAUGACGGUACCAAACGACCCCUACACCUUCCUGUCCUGCGGGGAGGACGGCACGGUGCGAUGGUUCGACCUCCGCAUGAAAACUAGCUGCACUAAAGAAGACUGCAAAGAUGACAUCCUGAUUAACUGUCGAAGAGCAGCGACCUCCAUAUCGAUCUCUCCGCUGGUGCCGUAUUAUCUGGCCGUCGGCUGCUCCGACAGCUCGGUGCGAAUCUACGACAGACGCAUGCUGGGCACCAGAGCCACCGGUAAUUACAUGGGCAGGGGAACGACGGGAAUGUGUGUUCGCUUCGUUCCUGCUCACCUGUCCAACAAGUCAUGCAGAGUGACGUCUCUGUGCUACAGCGAGGACGGUCAGGAGGUGUUGGUCAGCUACUCCUCCGAUUACAUCUACCUGUUUGAUCCCAAAGAUGACCAGGCCCGAGAGCUCAAGGGCCCGUCGGAGGAGAGGAGGGAGGAGCUGAGGCAGCCUCCGGUGAAGCGUCUCCGUCUACGAGGUGAUUGGUCUGACACCGGACCCCGAGCUCGGCCUGAGAGCGAGAGGGAGAGAGAUGGGGAACAGAGUCCAAAUGUGUCUCUGAUGCAGAGGAUGUCUGACAUGUUGUCUCGGUGGUUCGAGGAGGCCAGUGAAGCUCAGAGCAGCAGAGGAACUCGACCUCAGACACGACCCCGAGGAACAGCCGUCCGUCCAGAUGGGAACACUCCUGCUGCCCCGCCGGGAGACUCCAGUCAGGGGUCCAGUGCCCCCCAGAGGCCAGUGGCCCCGGAGGUGCCUGCCAGUCCUGCAGCCGCUGCCCCCAUGCCUAAAUCCACCUCCUCUUCCUCCUCAGGGUCUUCAUCAGCAGUCACAGCUCCUCCUCCCUCCAGCUCCUCCUCCGUGGAGAGCUCCGCCCCUUCCUCCUCCCCCCUCACCUCCUCCCCUGACUUGGAGCAGAGGAGUCAGGGCGACAGGACCGGGACGCCCACGGCCACGCCCACCUCUGAGCCUGCACUGUCAGAGUACGGUCCUCAUCGGCUGCCCAUAAGUUUAGUGUGUAGGCGUUUGCAGAGGUUGCUCCGGCUGGCCGACCCCCCAGGACAGGGUCAGCGAGUGGCCCCUUCCCCUUCUCCUUCCUCUUCCUCUGAGAGACAGUCCCAGAGAGCUGCUACCUCUGCUGCUGCCGCUGAGAUGCAACCCUGUACAGAUUCCCCCUCGUCUGUGGUAAACAAACAGCUGGGAUCUAUGACUCUUGAUGAACAGCAGGGAGCGGCAGAAGCUUCAGGUUCUCCUCCACAUGAAUCUGUUGGUGCCCCAGCCAGCAGCAGCCCUCCUACCUGCACCUCCACCUCCACCUCCUCCAGCCGACCCAGUGCAGCAGAGCCUGUCCUGAGCCUGCACUACAGCUCAGAGGGAACCACCACCAGCACCAUCAAGCUGGACUUCACUGAUGAGUGGAGCAGCAGCACAUCCAGCUCCAUGGGCAGCGGAGGUCCUAAAACCUCGGAGGCUGUUCAGAGCAGAGAGAGUCUGUCCAUGGAGAGCUCAGCGUUGGAGCAGGCUCCCUCUGAGUCCUCGGGGCAGCAGAGUUUUCCGGCCGCCUCCAACGAGCCGCCGUGUGACGCCUCCUGUUCCAGCGCUGCUCCGGUCCCGGCGGCCGGCUCCUCUGAGGGGGACACCACGGUGUCCUCGCUGCAGGACAGGAGUCCUCCGGAGGACACGGCAGGCUGCAGGAGAGCAGAGCCUCGGGCCGAGGAGGGAGAGGAGGCCCAGAGUCAGCCUGCACGGGGAAACCAGGACUCCGACGACAGCGACGACGAUCCCAUUCUCAUCCCGUCCACAAGGUUCAGAGGACAGGGACAGAGAUUUAAUUCCAGAGGAUCUGCAGUAGGAGAUAGGAUGAUCAGACGUUCAGCGGCGGCUCGUAUCCAGGAGUUGUUCCGCAGGAGGAAAGAAAGACGAGAGAUGGAGGAGAGCGAGACCCAGAAUAUCAGGAGGCCUUCGGUCAAAAUGGUCUACAAAGGCCACCGUAACUCCAGGACCAUGAUAAAAGAAUCGUGUUUCUGGGGCAACAACUUUGUGAUGAGCGGCUCCGACUGCGGACACAUCUUCAUCUGGGACAGACACACUGCAGAGCACCUCAUGCUGCUGGAAGCCGACAACCACGUGGUGAACUGCCUGCAACCGCAUCCCUAUGACCCCAUUCUGGCUUCUUCAGGGAUCGACUACGAUAUCAAGAUUUGGUCGCCGCUGGAAGAAUCGCCGUCUUUCAACAGGGUCCUCGCUGAUGAGGUAAUAACUCGAAAUGAGCUGAUGCUUGAGGAAACAAGAAACACAAUCACAGUCCCGGCCUCUUUCAUGCUGCGAAUGUUGGCCUCCCUAAAUCACAUCCGAUCAGAUCGACUAGAAGGCGAUCGCUCUGAAGGUUCAGGCCAAGAAAAUGAGGACGAGCAGUAGCCAGAUGGCAUUUUAUUUUAAAGAAAACACUAUUUCUUCUUGCUGUAUAGCACUUGAAAAAUACCUGAGAUUUGUACAAGUAUAGUAUAGAAUACUUCCUUUUGAAAAUUAGUGUAAUUUCUAGCCUCGUGUUUUUUAAGAUGACUUUCUUACUGAUGUUUGUGUAUGAGGAUAAAAGCUACAUCUGUGUGAAUGCAAAAAGAAGGACGUCAGUAUAUACAUACAUAUAUAUAUAUAUAUAUAUAUAUAUAUAUAUAUAUAUAUAUAUAUAUACAUAUAUACAUAUAUAUACAUAUAUAUGUAUAUAUAUAUAUAUACAUACAUACAUAUAUACAUAUACAUAUACAUAUAUAUAUACAUACAUAUAUAUAUAUAUACAUACAUACAUACAUACAUACAUACAUACAUACAUACAUACAUAUAUAUAUUUAUAAAAAUUAAGUGUGAGUAUAACGGCGGCUGGUGUGAAAGGAUGUUAAGUGCAAUAUUAUUUUGUUAGGAGAAGGUGAGCUUUGAUCAGUGUUAACGUUUGACAUUUUUGAAUUUGUAGCAAAAUGCUAAGAAAUGUUGAUAUGCUGCUCCGGCAGUUACGCAUGUGAAUAAAAACUUUAAGGAAAAAAAACAUAUCUAUGGUUCUCCUUCCCAGAUGUGUAACGUUAUACAAAAUGUGGGAAAAAUCUGCGCUGAAUAGAAGGGUCAGUAUAUGAUAAUGGGACUUUUUGUAUCAUAGUCGACAUUUUUGCAGUUUUCAGGCCUAAAACCAACAUGACAGCCUAGAACCAAACACCACAUGGCAUUUUAGAGAAAGAUUCUUCUAAAUAUUAGAUAUACAACUGAUGUCUAAAGAUAUUGUAGUAAACCUGUUGACUACUUUCUAUUAAAUAAGUCAGAAAGCC